UUUAGCCGCUGGCAAUCUGCUGCUCCGCCACUAGAUGGCACCAAAUCUGGCGACCGACCGGUGGCCCGUCGCUGAAUCUCUUCCCCUUUUGCAGGAGUACAAAGUGUCGAGCUUCGAGCAGCGUUUGAUCAGCGAGAUCGAGUUCCUGGAGCGCUCCCCGGUGGAGGAGUCCGACGACGACGUGACGCACGAGGACGCCGCGGGGCGCGAUGGCGCGCCGCCGUCCUUCGACCACAAGCUCAAACACUACAAGGUCUUCGAGGGCAUGCCGGUCACCUUCUCCUGCAAGGUGCACGGGGACCCCAAGCCAAAGGUCUACUGGUUCAAAGACGGCAAGCAGAUCUCCAAGAGGAGCGAGCACUACCGGAUCAGCCGCGAGGCCGACGGGACCUGCUCUCUGCACACCGCCGCCGCCUCGCUGGACGACGACGGCAACUACACCAUCAUGGCGGGAAACCCCGAGGGCAGGGUGAGCUGCACCGGCAGGAUGAUGGUCCAGGCCGUGAACCAGCGAGGCCGGAGCCCCCGCUCCGCCCCCGGACACACGCGCAGGCCCCGGUCCCGGUCCCGGGACAGCGGCGACGAGAACGACAACAUCCAAGAGCGCCACUUCCGCCCCCACUUCCUGCAGGCGCCCGGUGACCUCAUCGUACAGGAGGGCCGGCUGUGCCGGAUGGACUGCAAGGUGAGCGGCCUCCCCACCCCGGACCUCGUCUGGCAGCUCAACGGGCAGACCAUCCGCCCCGACUCCGCCCACAAGAUGCUGGUGAGGGAGAACGGCGUGCACUCGCUGGUCAUCGAGCCCGUGACCAGCCGCGACGCCGGCAUCUACACCUGCAUCGCCAGCAACCGCGCCGGCCACUCCUUCAACCUGGAGCUCAUCGUCGCAGCCAAAGAGAUGCACAAGGCCCCGUCAUUCGUGGAGAAGCUGCAGAACUCGAGCGUGGCCGACGGUCAUCCGGUGCGACUGGAGUGCCGCGUCGCCGGCGUCCCCUACCCGCAGAUCUUCUGGAAGCGGGAGAACGAGUCCUUCACCCACAACACGGACCGAGUCAGCAUGCACCAGGACAACUGCGGCUACCUGUGUAUGAUCAUCCAGCCGGCCACGAAGGAAGACGCCGGCUGGUACACCGUGUCGGCCAAGAACGACGCCGGCAUCGUGUCCAGCACCGCGCGCCUCGACGUGCACGCUCAGUGGCAGCAGCCCAACCUCCCCAAGCCCAAGAAGGUGCGCCCGUCCACCAGCCGCUACGCCGCGCUGACGGAGCGAGGGCUGGACGUGAAGGCGGCGUUCUUCCCCGACUGCAGCCCGCUGCCGCCCGGCGGCCUGGUGGAGAGCGACGACCUGUAGGCGCCGCGGGGGAGAUGGGGGCGAGGGGGGGGGGGGAUAACUCUCCCCCACCCCCCCAAGGAGCAGCCCUGGUUCUCAGCCCUCCUGAGGAACAAAUACUUUGAGGGGCGGAGCACCACGCGGGACAUUGAACUGGAGGUUUUUCGGUGGGAGGAGUCCAGCUGGC